AUGGCGUUGAUAUUAUUUUUAUUUAAAGUUUCUAAUAUUGAUAAUUGCAAUUCUAAAUUGGAAGUUAUUGGUGAAAAUGACCGCCCAUCAACAUCUACUAUGUCAACAGCGCAAUUUAUUAGUGAUGUCAAUAUGACAUUCCUGAGUGCUAAAGUUAUAUUUCAAGGUACUAAUCUUUGGUCGAAUAAUGUGCGCAUAUAUAAUGGUACAGCAAAUUUUGUUGCACGUGGAAACAAACCAAAGAAAUUUUAUUUCAAUUUAGCAAGUAAGUUAGAACCAGAUGAUAAAUUACGCAUCGAAUUUUAUACAAUAAAUGGGAAAAAAAAAGGAAAAAAACCAAUUGCAAUUUUUGAAAUAAUGCUUGAAUCGUUAAUCAAUUCCCAAUAUAUUGAUUUACCUGAAGAAAAUUUAUCUAAUCCAAACAAUUCGUUAUUAUCAUCAACUGUACAACUUAAACUUUAUUAUACACCACCAGAUAUUGAUAAACAGCUUGCUACAAUAGGUUAUGGCAAUACCACUGAGUUGAUCGAUUGGAGAAAUAUAUUUGAUGAUGAAGGACGACAUGGUGGUCAUCGAUAUAGGCAUGCGUAUUCAAAACAUGCUAGCCGAUUGAGAAAACUUCGUAAAAACUUAUCCAUUCGUGCAGGUGAUGCUGAUACUGAUACAUGUAGUGAUUCAGAUUUUGAAAUAGCUCAAGAUUCUGAACAAAAACUUGGAUUUAUUGAUGAAAAUGCAAAAGUAAGAGUGCAAUAUAAUGAUUUAGAAUUAUUAGAAAAAAGUUUGGGUCGAUAUGUCGGUGAUAUAUAUGAAAUGAUUGAAUGGCAACUUAUGAUACAUAUUAUACAAGCACGAGAUCUUCCAGGACUUGAUAUUAGUCCAUAUGUUAGCGUUCAAAUUGAUAAUCAAAAACGAUAUACAAGUGUACAAAAAUCUUGUAAUGCACCAUAUUUUGGUGAAUUCUUCACAUUUGAUUUUACAGUACCAGCUAUAAAAUUCAUGGAAAAAGUUAUUUUUAUCAAAGUAAAUUUUUUCAUUUUAUUAUGAUUAAUUUAUUAUGGCUACUAUUUAAGUAGUCAGUAAAAUAGAUGAAAUGAUCAGUAAAACAAAAAUAUGCAAACCAUCAGUAUAAAUAUUAAACGGUCAGUAGUAAAAUUAUCAGUAAUUAAUUGUAAAAUGGUCAGUUUAUUAAAUAUAAGUAACAGUAAAAAAAUAAGCUUUACUAGUAGAAAAUAAAUUUAAAUAAAUUAAAGAACCAAAGAAUAAAUAUAAGAAAUUUAAAGAAUAAUUGAAACAAAAAGAAAAUGAAAAUUGAAUGAUUGUAUUAGUAAAGCAAAUUUAACCUUUCCUGCUACUAAUAGUUUUCAAUAUUUCUAACGAAUAGUCAUAUCCACAACGUGUUUGCAUAUAUAAUUCUUCAAAAAAAAGCUAGACAGUUACAUUUCGAUGUGUUUCGGUGUAAAUUAUUUUCCAUUUUUAUACAUAAAAUAUAAAAAUGAUUUUUUAAAUUGAUUAAAUGUUGUCCAUUGUUUUUUAUUAUGUUUAUUUAAAUCAUCUUGUAUAAUCGAUUGUCGAUCAUGAGCUAAUAUAAAAUAUUUUUUCGACGAAUCAUUUGAAAUAUAAAUGAUAUCUUUUAUUGAUUUAGUCCAUUUAUGUGAUAAAGUCCAUAAUUCUAAAGAUAUUGUUAGUUCUGUAGAAAAUAUUCUUACAUUAACUAAGGAUAAAUCUCGUUCGGUUAAUUAAUUAUUAAUGAUAUUUGAAGAAAUUGUUAAAACUCUUCAUAAAACAUUACGUUCUUUCAAUAAAACUGAAGCUAUAUUUAGUACACAAGCAAUUGGUCAUCCUAAUUUCGUCGUUCAUUUUUGUCAUGGAACAAAAGAAAUAAUUAAAUGGGUUACAGAAUAUAAGUACCUUGGUUAUCUAAUUUCAUCAAAGUUAGGUUGGGGUAAAUUUUUAAUGUAUGAUGACUAAAAUUAGGCAAAGAAUUUCCUUGAUUAAAUCUUUUAAGAUCUUUGGUUGUUCUUCUUCACAUCUUCGUAAGACUCUUUUUCUAUCCUUUGUAUUACCCAUUCUUACCUGGAUUUGUCCGAUUUAUCCUCUUCUUUCUGAAAAAAUAACAACAAGAUUUGUCUCAUUUUUAUUACACUUCGCUUAGGCAUAUAUUGUAUUGUUUAAAUUGGAAUGAAAAUUUUUUCGCGUUUGCUCUUGAUGAGAAGUCCUUUGAGGACAGAUGCUAUUUUUAUUAGGAGAAAUAUCUCGCAGCUCUAGCUGAUUCGAUAGAUGGUGAAUUAUUGUUUGAAAAAGCUAAUUUGAAUGUAUUCAGACAGAUUUGAAUUGAAAAACAAUUCUCAAUUAAAUGUUUGAGAACAUCAAAAAGAUUUAUUCCUCAUCAUUCAAUAAUCGAAAAAAUUGUUGGUUGGAUGACUUCUAUCCCCUCUUGUUCUUCUGUACCUGUUUAUGAGAUCGACGAAAUCCAACUCCUUGAGGAUUUCACAAAAUCUUUUGUUUUCAUGUGUUAAUUUUUUUUCUUAGACCUCAUUAUUGUGUAAUAUGGUCUGUUAUUAUGAUUUUCUUUUCUUUUUUUGCUGUUGUUGUCUUUUGUUAUCUCUAUUGUUUCCUUCUUUGUUUACUCAUAUGUACUGAUAGGGUCUUAGGAUCACAGUGUUUUUUUAAGCAUAAUAAGAAAAAAAUAUUACGUUUCAUUAUCUUUGAUUGUUUUAUUGGUUGCCUCUAGGGCGUUGUUUGUACAUGAUGUAUACAAUUAUAUACCUUCAUAUCAGCCGUCAUUUAAUUUGAACCAUUCAUUAUCAAAUGCAUUUUGUUUUUAACCCAACAUUCUGAUUCCCUUUUUUUUUAGAUUUCUUUUAUUGUCAUUUAUUUUAUGAUCUUCUUCCAUUGCUUUUUGAUCUGAUAUAUCGGUUUCAUAUUCAGAAACUUGUAUCACUUCCAUAGUUACAAAUGCUUCAAAUUUUAUAAACGCAAAAUAUGUUGUUUUUAUUUUAAAAUCACUAAAUAUUUAAACAUGAGAUUAGGUGAAGACAAUGACCAGAGACGAAGUCAAGAAGCUUGUCUUCCUGUGUUUUAGAUAAUGAACAAUAAGAUGAAUUAAAACAAUGAUUCUUCUUAUUCAUAGAAUAUCUAGGUUAAAAGCAAAUAGGUGAAAAUAACUAGAACAUAUUUAUGUAAAACAGCUGAGGAGAAAGGAAAGGAAGAAUAAAAGUGAUGCAUUCUAUAAACUAUUUCAAUUUUCAUAUGGAUCCUGGUCUUUUAAUAUAAUCGACUGUUAAUAAAUUAUAUUUACUGAUUUUGAAAUUUAUUUACAAACCUAAUUAAUUAAUAACUGACCAUUUAAG